AUGUCGCUAUCUCAGCCAGUUUCUCCCACUACACCCGUUAUGGCUCGCGCGCGCACACUCUCAGGCGGCUUAUUAAAGUGUCCUGAAUGCGGAUAUGCGCUGCUAGAGAAAAUCAUUGCCCCCCCUCUCUCUUCAUCGCGAUUCGAGGAGCUCUCGUCGUGCAAUGACGCCCCUCUGGACUCAGAACGUACAACGCUUGAAACAGUUGUCCGAGAGGGCGAAGCCAACCUGUCUUCUCUACCCCGGCGCAUCGCUGCAGCCCGAGAAACGCUGCAAAUUCUCCUUAAAGAGCAGACCGGCACCGUAAAGCGUAUCACGGAUGCCAAAGUCCUUCUCAACCCCGUUCGCAGACUACCAGCGGAUGUGCUGAUCGACAUAUUCACCGAGUGUCUGCCGGAGGAUAUGGAUUCUCUUGAUACUAAAAGCACACCAUGGGCGCUUUCUCAGGUCUGUGCGUCUUGGAGAAAGACUGCUUUGGCGUCGACGGGAUUAUGGGCACAUAUUCAUUUGAAAAUGGACCUCUGCACGAAUCACACCAAAUGUGUAUUCCGCUUUGGGACUGUAUUGCACAGAGCGGGAAUGCACCCCCUCAAGGUCAACAUCAUCGGUCGUCGAGACUUCUCACAGCACCCUGUCUUUGCGAUGAUCCUACCCACAUCAAUGCGAUGGACGUCUUUGAAUGUCAUCGCACCGCUCCAUUCUUUCCGUUUGUUCAACAGCAUAUCACAUCAGUUACCUCUCUUGGAGAUCUUGUCUAUUGAGGUAUCGGGCGCUCGUCGGUCAGAUAUAUCGCUCGAAUCGGAUUUUGUCGUUUAUGGCUUUUGCGAAACUCCCCGCCUCCGAGAAUUAUCACUCACGCAAGGAUUGACAUCCGACAUGUCUUUCUUUCCACGCUUGUUUGCUUUACCACUGGAAACGAUAUCACGGUUAGAUCUUGUUUCGACAAUCCCCGAUGUGGUAUCUCUCUUCCAAUCUAACAGAGCGAAACAUCUGAUAACUUUUUCUAUCGAUUUGGUCGAUUAUGAGCGUCGUGCGUUAUCACAGCAAAUCGAAAUUCCGGUGAUCAGACAUGCUUGUCUUCGGCUUCUUGUCCUCGUCGACUCCGCUGCCGGACUUUUGUCCCGACUCCGCCUACCGGCUCUUCAGAGACUGGUACUUCUUCUUUCUAAAAGAAUUAGCCUCCCCAGUAUAUUUGAACAUACAGCACCCACUUUGACAGAGCUGACGAUACACACUGAACAAUCCGUCGAUGGACGUGCAUUGGCAAAUAUGCUGCAGUGGACUCCACUUUUGAGAGCAAUGACACUUGAAACCGUGCUCAAGACCGAUGCACUCUUCAUUGCCCUCGGAAGAUCGAGCGAUGGCGUUCUCGAGUUGGUUCCACACUUGGCAAUGAUUUCUCUCGAAAAGACUGUGUUAAACUUCCCAAACCCAGAUCGUGCUAUUGAAAAUAUGGUUGAAGCACGCCGCGUCGUUGCACCUGGUGAAAGACGGGCAGUAUUAAAGGAAGUGCGUUGGAUGACGAAGAAGGUCUGA